AUGGGAAAUCCAAAAAGGCCAUCAGUGAAUGCUAAUUCUACUAGUGAAGAGCUUCACGCGGCGGCUCGAUCGGGGGACCUGAAGGCCGUGCAGACAAUUUGCAGCACGAAUCCUCUAGCCGUAAACUCCCGUGACAGGCACUCCCGUACACCAUUACAUCUAGCAGCAUGGUCUGGGCAUGCAGAGGUGGUGAAUUUUCUGUGCAAGAAUAAGGCAGAUAUAGGUGCUGCUGCCAUGGAUGACAUGGGUGCAAUUCACUUUGCUGCUCAAAAGGGCCAUCUAGAAGUAAUCAAGAUUCUUCUUACAUCUGGAAUUUCCAUCAAGUCUUGUAACAGAAAGUGCAUGACGGCUCUUCACUUUGCUGCUCAAGGGUCUCACCUCGAAAUUGUCAAGUAUUUGGUGAAGAAAGGUGCAAAUACGGAUUCCAAGAACAAGGCUGGGAAAACCUCUUUUGAUCUUGCCAGCAGUGAAGAAGUGCGCUCGUUUUUAGCUGAAUGUAAAUCAGCAUCUGGCAAACCAGUUAUUGAUGGUCGAGAAAAAGAUGAAAAGGCUGAACCAAAAUCACCGCCUAAGGAAGAAGUAGAAGGAUCUGAUGGUGACACUGCUUUGCGUGGAGAUGAAGAAGCUGAAGACGGUAUAGAUGAAUUGAUGAAGAGAAAAGGUGAUAUAGAGGAUAUCAAGGAAAACCAACCUGAGAGCAAGAAGUCGAAGGUUGCUCUUAAUCAUCUUCUAGCUGCAGAUGACGUGCAGGAAGAGGACGAUUUCUAG